UUGUUUCUGCAUUUCUCAAGAAGGUGGGACGUGCUCGUGUAAACAGCCAGGCUCAGUGUUCAUACAACUCAGCCCGAGGAUUGGUCUCUGUGCCCUGGAUUUAAACACUCAAACCGCACUAAAAGACCAACAGAUGUCUAAAUCACCGCCUCCGGUGGCCCCUCGGAAGCACUCAGGGGUCCGAGUGAUGAUGGUCCCCGGAGAUCAGCCUCCUGCUGUCCUGCCCGUCUACACUGAUUUUGGCAAAGUGAAUGGUGCCAGUGGGGAGUCCAAUUAUACAUCUCUAUUGAAUGCUGAGAGGGAAUUGGAGAUUAUGAACCACUGCUUUGACGAUGUGGAGCGGUUCAUGACUCGCCUGCAGCAGACCGCUGAGGCCCAGAGUGUUCUCAACCAGAGGGGGAAGAGGAGCAGAAAGAGCAAGAAGAAGAAGGACGGCCAAGAUGAUGAUUUGUUGACCCUGAAAGCUUUGCCUCCAUCAGAGGAAGAGUUUGUGGACAUCUUUCAGAAAAUCAAGUACUCCCUUGGUCUGCUGGACCGUCUCAAGUCAUCCAUCACACAGCCUAAUGCUCCAGAGCUGCUACAUCCCAUCUUUUUGCCUCUCGGACUGAUGGUCAAAACCACUGGAGGGCCGGCGUUAGGAGCAUCUGUGGUCAGUCCUGCUAUGACCAGCGGGGCUGUUUCACUGAUCCAGGAUCAUCUGACUGAAGAGGAAAAGGAGAUGUGGACCUCAUUAGGACCCAACUGGACGUCCCCCUGUUCACACCUCAGCGUGUCUGUUCCUCCGUACUCACCUGUGUUCCUGGAUGGAUGGCAGCCUCAGGCCUAUGACUCGACCGGCCAGUUAUUCGAGGAUCCCAUCGAGUCGCAGCACAAGCAAGAUGCUUUCAGUGAAAGUAGGGGGGGGCACAGUCUGCAGGAGAGAGCUCGGCAGACAGCGGAGGGCCCGGGCGAAGACAGUUAUGACGGAGAAGAAAAUGAGCUCCCGCCAGAGGGGGAGAGGCAUUUCUGCUGCAGCUAUGACUUUGUAGCUAGAAACAGCAGUGAGCUCUCUGUGCUGCAAGGAGAAACACUAGAGGUCAUCGAGUCAUCGAAGAGGUGGUGGAAGUGUCGGAAUCGCUUUGACCAGAUCGGAUUUGUCCCCUUUAACAUCCUGGAGCCCCUGUCAGCUCUGAACCGCAAAGGCAGAGCCAGCCCAGUGUUACGCUCAGAGUCAAAGAAGACAGCCCUUACCCCUCGGACAAAGUACUUCUCAUAUGCUGCACCGAGCCCAUCUGGGACAAGUCCCACCCCUACAAGCCCAAUGAGACCCCAUAGCAUGGUUUUACCCUCUACAACAAUGCAGGGAGAAGACCAUGACCGAGUGAUGAUAAUGAAUGACGAGCUCAUGCAGAGGUUAGCUGAGAAGCGAGGCCCCAUCCGUCCGCUGACGCUCCCCCGCUCAGCGGACUCCUCCACCCCCCUGAACUAUCACUCACCUGCCGCAGAGGUGGAGGCCUGGCUCAUCGCCAAGGGCUUCAAUCAGCAGACAGUUCAGAUUCUGGGCAUUUUAAACGGAGCGCAGCUUUUCUCCCUGAAUAAGGAGGAGCUGCGCACCGUGUCAUCAGAGGAAGGAGUGAGAGUCUACAGCCAGAUCAUGGUGCAGAAGUCCCUCCUCGAGGAUGUGCGCAAAUCCACAGAACUGGAGACAGCGAUGGAGAAGCAGAAGAUGAGGAUUAACCUGUAAUGAGAGAGUGGUUUAAGGGGACAGAUGUGGUAUCAAACAUCGAUGGAGAGAACUGUAGGAUUGCACAGCUGAAGGCACAGAGUGAUGUUAUAUAUAUAUAUUAUAUUUUAAAUAUACAUGCUGUUAUAUCAUGAGCUACAGAUUCCUCAACAAAAGCAAGUUGUGUUAUUAUCUUACAUAACAUGAUUCAAAUUGGGACUAAUUUAGAUGUUCUUCUUACCAUAGUUAUAUAAAAAGGUCAUAUAAAAAAGUGAAAAAAAAGGUUUAGGACUUUAAAAAAAGUGAGAUGUUUGAUUGAUUCAGAGUUUUUAUUCCCUGUACAUCAAUAUGUGUUUACAAUUUAGCUAUCUGCAGAAAGAUUACACAUUCAAUACAUUAUUUAAUGACUAUUUCUAAUAUAUUUUAAGGAGACUCAAAUGUUUUUAAAUAUGUGUUUUUCAUUGUGACUUCAGAUGCAGAGCAUAUCAUGACAUAAGGUAGCACACAGUAACAUAAGGGGACACAUUACUGUCAUCAUAGUGGCUUGAAUUAAACUUUAAUUAUGUGUA